AUGGGUCAACAUCAACCAAUACUUCCUUUAUUUAAAACAAAUUUAACACGACGACGUUUUCGUACAUGGCAAAUUCUUGCUUUAGUUGCUUUAGUUUUUCUUGGUUUAACAUUAAUUGCUGUUCGAUAUUUACCAACAGUUGUUAUUGAUCCUGUAUUAGUACUUAAAAAUCGAGAUUUUAAAGAUAUAUUUGUUCCACCAAUACCUCGUCCACCAAUAAAUUGGCCUCAUCAAAAUCAUAAUCAUUCUGUACAUUUAGCUGAUGAUCAAUCAAGAUUAAAACAACAAAUUGAUAAAAAUAAAGCCAAUUUAAUUAAUUUAGAUGGUGAUAAUCAUGAAAAUUCAAAUGAUAUUGAUGAAAAAACGAAAUUAUAUAAAACAUCAUCUCAAAAAUCAAUAUUACCUCAAGAAAAUAUAACACAAUUAUUUAGUCAUAUGUCUAUUGAAGAACUUAAAAAAAUUCAAUCAGUUGAUAUGCGUCGAGAAAAAGUUCGAGAGGUAGAUAAAUAUGAAUAUAAUCCAUCUGGUAAAGGUGCUCGAUCUGGAUAUGGUGCAUCAUCAAUGGGUGGUACACCACCAUCACCAUAUUUAACAGGUGGUACUCCUUUUUUUGAUGGAUAUGGACAAGUUGCUCCACAAGGUAAAAUGGGUAAAUAUGGUAAAUAUGCUGGUCAAAAUAAAAAUCUUUAUGGUACUGAUCCAAUGCAACAAGCUAUGUUAUUACCACCUCAAUCAGCUGCUGCAAUGCAAGCUCAAGCAGCUGCUAUGCUUCAAAUGCAACAAUAUAUGCAAGGACAAGGUGGUGCUGGUCAAUUUGCUGGUAUUCUUCCACCAAUUCAAAUGCCAUUAAGUGCUGCUCAACAAGCUGGAUUAGUUCCAACAAGUCAAGUUCAACCAUUUUAUGGUUUUGCUGGACAACAAGUUGGAACACCUUAUUUUGAUCCAAAUAGUGGAGCAUUUCAACAACAAGGUGCAUUUGCUCCUUAUCAACAACCAAAUAUGUAUGAUCCAUCAUCAGCAGCAGGAAUAUAUGCUGGUCCAUAUGGUUAUAUGCCAGCUGCUUUUUAG